AUUCAUCCACAAGUGCGGAAUAAUACUCCGCCGACGUCGAUUAAUCUUUUAUUUCAUUUUCAGAUUUAUGUUUUAAAUAUUUAUCCGUUUUUCCCGAAAUUCGAAUUCGAUGAUGCUUUCGAACAUUUCGCAGACAAAAGCUGAGUUGCUUUCGGGGCUAGGGUCUUCACUGACGUCAUCACCCGGUAACGUCAGCGCUGCAACGAUGAAGUUGGAGGCUGUGAUGGAGAAUCUUCAGCGGCAGCAUCAACAACGUAUGAUGGAACAACAUAAGAAUGAUGACGUCAUCAGUAAUGACGUCAGGUGCGACGAUUUCAGCGAUGGGGGGGAACGACAGCGGUCAUAUUCAGGGUCUCCGAAAGAGGAUUCCGACGAAGAUAGAAACGAUAUGACGUCACCCAUGAUGCGGGAUGAUGAUGACGUCAUGCAGAGUGAUGGGAGAUCCCCCGAACCAGAUAAGACGUCAUUGAUUACGCAACAAAUGGCGUUCGCUGCUGCAUUGGCGCAAAGAUCUUCCCCGGAUGGGAGUUUAUCCAGCCUUGUACCGCAAGCUAUGAUGCAACACUUUGGGCAAUUCCCCGCGUCCUUUGAUGCGUCACAAUUACCACAGGGGUUUCGUGAACUAGCGAUGCUCCAACACCAACACGUCGCCCAACGAAUGGCUAUGGAAGCCCAGAAACGAAUGCAGCAAGAUCACAAUAUACAGCAAUCGACCAACCACAUCCCGACCCCAUCAAGCGCGUCAUCACAUACGUCAUCAGGCAGUGUGACGUCACAAACCAAUAGUUGCAACGGAAGUCAGCAAGAAUGGACGUACGAGGAACAAUUUAAACAGUUAUAUGAGAUUGAUGACGACAUAAAGCGAAAAGAAUUUCUUGACGAUUUGUUCAGUUUCAUGCAAAAAAGAGGCACGCCGGUGAACAGAAUUCCUAUUAUGGCAAAGCAAGUCCUUGACUUGUACCAACUUUAUCGGUUGGUGGUUGAGAAGGGGGGGCUGGUAGAAGUUAUUAACAAAAAGAUUUGGAGAGAAAUCACCAAAGGUCUCAAUCUUCCAUCUUCGAUUACAAGCGCCGCAUUCACUUUGCGAACUCAGUACAUGAAAUAUUUGUACCCCUUUGAAUGCGAGCGGGAAAAGUUAUCUGUUCCAUCGGAGUUACAAGCCGCUAUAGAAGGCAACAGACGUGAAGGUCGGAGGCCAAGUUACAGCUCCCAUAUGUUCUCAUACUCGCCGAACACAAGCGCAAACAUGCUGACACCUCCCAAGUUUCCUUUCGCUCACCACAAUGGACUUGCUCAAUUAUCACAAAUGGCGGCAGCAAAAUACGGUCAACCAGAUGAACGAUGCUUGCCUACGUCACCCACACAACAGCUGAUCGCCCAACAGCAACAAUUGCUUCAAUCGGCGAACGCCCAACACGUGGCGGCAAUGGCGGCGCUAGAGACAAUACAGAACCAAGCCAAAGCGCGGCAGGCUGCGCAACAAGCUGCGCACCACGCCGCUCAGCAAGCAGCUCAACACCAGAUGUCGCUAAAGAAAGAAAUCGAUUCAGAUUACUCGGAGGGGGAACCACCAGAGAAGAAACUCAGUUUCGACGAUUCUGUGAGGUUGACACCAGACAACCAACGAAGAUCUUCGACGUCAUCACUUAAGAUUUCCAUGGGCGACCGAGGACGUCAUAAUGAAAUGAGUGACGUAACAAACGCUGAUUCAAUAAAUAUUUGCGUUGAGGUAAACGGAAUAACCUACCAGGGCGUAUUAUUCGCGCACUCCCCAAACCACCCACCCGUGAAGCACGUGACCCUGGACCACCCCACCUCAUGAAUCGGUGUCAAUCCAGGAUUAUUUGAAGGUGUUGCUCUUUACUGCCAUCUCGUGUUUCGUCACUAUCUUGUUCCUGGGAUAAUGCGAACGUAUUGUGACGUAACAAUUGGAAUAGUGUUAUAGUGACGUCACUACCUCAACGACCAAUCAAGUUUCAGUGUUUGAGGAUGACGUAACAAUCGCAUGUUUAUUUAUUUAACAAAGCCUCUUAAUGACGUCACAACAGCCAAUCUUCAAAGACGCUUGCCAACUUCCGCUUACUAAUGUUACUGUUUUGUAUAAAUGAUGCGUUUGUUUGUUAAUAGAGCAUUAUUACGUCAUAAUAUAUUGUGUGCAUUAUUAUUACGCGAUGGUUUUGAAACGAUAGUGUCACAAGCACGUCAUCAAACACGGAUAUGACGACAUAAUUGGAUCCACAUGUCUGCAGAACCUUCGACGAUAUUUGCGCUCCCCGAAAUAUUAAAAGUUUAUGAUUUCUAUAGCAUGUUAUAUACUUUAACGUUACAGUUAUGGUAACGUUUUAUUUUCAUAGAAAGUCCAUGAAAAUUAGAGAAAUUAUCGCAGUUUAAAUAAACCUCGAUUACGUUCUAUUCUAAUUUAAGUUUAGGUUUAUUUAUAGAAGUAAAUAUUGGACGUUGGAGAAUGUGUUUGUCCUGUGAGUGGUGUGUAAAAGUAUGUUGAAGGUGCGAAGAAAGAGAAAAGAUGAAAGUUUGUUGGAUGUUGAGGAACAAUGGGAGCAUGGGGUUACUGGAGGUCAUCGGGCGAAACACGCGAGGGUUGAGGUGGAAUUGUUACGUCACAGGAAAAGACAAAACGCAGAAGAAAACUUAGAUCCUAAAAUUCCAAGAAUUGAUAAAAAUGAAGACGCGGGAAGUUUGGGUGUUUGGAAACUAAAUAACAAUUUAAAUUAUUUUUCCUCUUUUCCGAUGCGUUCAUCGUGUAAGGGAAAUGUUAAAGCAAUCCAAUCCGUACAGUUCGAAUCGCAUGAAUAUACGGAACAAGUUUAUUGGAAAUGUGAACUUCCUAAAUUUAAUGAAAUAUUUCAUGAAGGUUUUGAAACAAAUACACAAGAUACCACACAAGGCUCGGUACUGUAAUAUGGUUGAGGUCCUACAGUGAGACACGCCAUGGUACCUGGUAUUUAGACAAGAGUUGGCACAUUGUCUCUCAAUAAUACGUGUUUGGACACUUGGGAAAUAUUUGUUUUUUUAUUUUUACAUGAAUGCAAUCAUAUUUUAUGUGCUUUUUAUUAAUUACAUCGCGUCUGUUUGUGAUAUCAUGUUUCA